CUUUCCAGCUGAAAGACCUGCGUCAUGAGAAUAUUAACCCUUUAUUGGGUUUCUUCUGUGAUUCGGGGAUGUUUGCCAUCGUGACAGAAUUCUGUUCUCGAAGGAGUCUAGAAGACCUACUGACAAAUGAGGAUGUGAAACUGGACUGGAUGUUUAAAUCAUCACUCCUACUGGAUCUCAUCAAGGGCAUGAAGUACUUACACCACAGAGAGUUUGUUCAUGGGAGGCUAAAAUCUCGGAACUGUGUGGUAGAUGGGCGUUUUGUACUAAAAGUGACAGAUUAUGGCUUUAAAGACAUCUUAGAAAUGCUGAAACUCUCUGAAGAGGAACCUUCUGUGGAAGAGUUGCUGUGGACGGCCCCUGAACUGUUGAGAACCCCGAGGGGCAGCAGGUUAGGUUCUUUUGCAGGAGAUGUCUACAGCUUUGCCAUCAUCAUGCAAGAAGUGAUGGUCCGAGGUGCCCCAUUCUGCAUGAUGGAUCUGCCUGCCAAAGAAAUCAUACAGAGACUUAAGAAGUCACCUCCUGUGUACAGACCAGUGGUUUCUCCUGAGUAUGCCCCUUCAGAAUGUCUCCAGCUGAUGAAGCAGUGCUGGGCUGAGGCUGCAGAACAACGACCAACUUUUGAUGAAAUAUUUAAUCAGUUUAAAACAUUCAAUAAAGGGAAAAAGACCAAUAUCAUUGAUUCUAUGCUUCGGAUGUUGGAGCAAUAUUCUAGCAACUUGGAAGAUUUGAUCCGGGAGCGGACAGAAGAACUGGAAAUUGAAAAACAGAAAACGGAAAAGCUUCUAACACAGAUGCUACCACCAUCAGUUGCUGAAUCCCUCAAAAAGGGAUGCACAGUUGAACCUGAGGGCUUUGACUUGGUCACCUUGUACUUCAGCGACAUUGUGGGCUUCACCACUAUCUCAGCGAUGAGUGAGCCCAUUGAGGUGGUGGAUCUUCUGAAUGACCUGUAUACACUGUUUGAUGCAAUCAUCGGCAGUCAUGAUGUCUACAAGGUAGAGACCAUUGGAGAUGCCUACAUGGUAGCCUCAGGCCUCCCCAAAAGGAAUGGCAGUAGGCAUGCAGCUGAGAUUGCAAACAUGUCUCUGGAUAUCUUGAGCUCUGUGGGCACCUUCAAGAUGCGGCACAUACCAGAGGUCCCAGUCCGAAUUCGAAUAGGCCUGCACUCAGGACCCGUUGUUGCUGGAGUGGUGGGCCUCACCAUGCCUAGAUACUGCUUGUUUGGAGACACUGUGAACACAGCUUCUCGGAUGGAAUCAACAGGUUUGCCAUACCGAAUUCAUGUCAGUCUGAGCACGGUAACAAUUCUUCAAACUCUGAGUGAGGGCUAUAAAGUAGAGCUUCGAGGAAAAACAGAGCUCAAGGGUAAAGGCACGGAGGAGACCUUCUGGCUGGUUGGAAAGAAAGGCUUCAUGAAGCCUCUUCCUGUGCCCCCACCAGUGAGCAAAGAUGGGCAAGUGGGCCAUGGCCUGCAACCAGCAGAGAUUGCAGCCUUCCAAAGAAGAAAAGCAGAAAGGCAGUUGGUGAGAAACAAGCCAUAAGGAGUGAAGGGUCCAGUAUUUGAAUCUCCUUUUCGUGAGGCAAUGGAGAAGCUCACUCCAAUUCAACAAGUUCUUCUGCCCGGGCAAGACUUUA